AUGAACAAGAACUUAUUCCUAUUGUUAUGCAAUGAUCUGGGUUUGACUUAUGACACCGCUCUGGACUAUGAAGAUUUAGUGCUGUCAAAGCGUCCGCUAGCUUACGAAAUCUUUAAAAGUGGCAAAAGAAAUGAGCAACUGUCGUCAGAUUUAGGCCUGCGGUUGGAAAUAUACCGCUGUUUACAGAUGGCUGGGAGUCCUAAUGAGUUCUUUAAAUUCAUGCUCAAUUUCGCAGUUGAAGACUUGGAAUGUUGUAGAGCUGAACGCGAUAUCGCUUGUAUACUCGAUGUGUUGUGCAUUAAUCGACAGUUUCUUGAUUCCAAAGAGCAGGAACUUGUCGCACUUGUUCGACAUAAAAUUGCUGGAGAGUGGCGAAUGCCGGAAACAAUAGCGAUGGCUUAUCGCCUUCUUGUUUUCGUCUCUACGGAAGAAGCGCCUUCAUCAGAUGAGCUAGAAUGGAUAAAAUCGUGUGCCAACGCCGAGGAAGAGUUACCGAAACGAAUCGCUCUGGAAGUUGGAGCACAUCGCCUUCGACGA